CUGUAACAGAAAUUAUUGAAGAUCUCUGUAAUUUUUUGGUACUGUUCUUUGGAGCAUGGGGUUGUGUAAAUGCCCGAGAAAAGUAACGAAUUUGUUCUGUUUUGAACAUCGGGUUAAUGUUUGUGAACACUGUCUAGUGGCCAACCACAAUAAGUGUAUAGUACAGUCUUAUUUGCAUUGGUUGCAAGACAGUGACUAUGAUCCGUCCUGUAAAUUGUGCAAUCAGCCAUUAGCAGAUGGUGAAACAGUUAGGCUUAUAUGUUAUGAUGUGUUUCACUGGCUAUGUAUUAAUCAGUAUGCCAAGGAACUUCCCCCUAAUACAGCCCCAGCUGGGUAUACCUGUCCUACCUGUCAAAAUGGAAUCUUCCCACCUGGCAACUUAGUAUCCCCUGUAGCAGAGCAGCUAAGACAGAUUUUAUCACAAGUGAACUGGGCAAGAGCUGGUUUAGGUUUACCUCUGAUUCAAGAAUCAGUGGAACAAGAUCAUCACGACUUACAUGAUAUGACAGAUUCCGCACCAAGUGUAGAAUUGUCAUCAAAUAACACAUCAGUAUUAGAUGAACGAAAUAUCAGUCAAACAAGUUCACAAGGCAGUAGUAGUAGUAACGGACCAAUUCGUACAACUUAUAGUAGUGUUACAACAAUAAAUAUGGAAGAGACCACUCCCCAUGCCAGGAUACCUAAAGAUAGUAGUAUGAUGAGUUCCAGUCAUAAUACAAGUAUGUUAACACCUACAGUUUCAUCACCUCGUAAGAUAUACGAUGCAACCAAGGAAGAUAAAGUACUAGAUAUGUCACAUGAUCAUGAUGCCGAUAAAUAUAAAAGGAGAACGGCUAUUGAUUGGUUAUCAAGGUGGUUCAAGUCUACAACAAAGAAAAGGCCGAAACGAGAUGCAAAUUCAUCCUUCAGGAAGUUUGCCAUUGUAUUAGUAUUUGGACUAAUAGGUUUCUUCACACUAGUUAUAAUUAUGACCAGAGCUGGCAGAUCUGCAGCUAAUGAUGAUCCUUUCUUAGAUCCCAUGGCAAAUCCUAAUAUCAGAGUAGCCAGAGAUGUUGCUGGAGCCGUAGGACCUUGAUCAUUUGAAUUGCUAUUUUUCAUGCCUGCGAUGCUUCCAUGGAUGUCUCUCAUCAGUCCUUCUGUUCAUCAUGUCCAAGAAAAAUUACACAUAACACUAUGUGAUGUUGGGCUGUACAGUUUGGUGGUUGAUCUUGUGAAGUUGCCUCUCAAAUAAGUUGUUUUCCUGUCUUAAGUCCAUAAUUUUAGUAAGCAGCAGAGAUUUCAGUCCAUGCCAAACUUGUUUAUUAUUAUAUUCUGAGAUGUGUCAGUAUCCAUUCUAAUUAAUCCAUUGAAAAGAUGACCAUGCAUUUGAAGAGCCCA